GCGGCAUCACCACCCGACAGGUGUCAAACCGGUAAGACCUGACGAACACGCCCGCUCCAUUCCAGUCUCAGCCGGUGACGAACAAGCAUCGAGUCCACAAAGCAAGAAAGGAUUUGAACUUAAACAGAUACACCUUAGAAGCUUAAAAAGGAUCUUUCCGCGGUUUGAACCCUUAUAUUUCACUCCAUGAACAGCAAGACUGGCAAAGGAGACUAUCAGAGUGCCAUGGAUCCUUCAGCAGCUCAAAGUACACAACAGGGGUACAUGUAUGAGGAUCAGCCCCCGGCGUAUCCAGGUGUACCCCAACAGUUCACGUAUCCGGGCCAUCCCCAAGUUUACCAGGGCCAGCCCCAAGUUUACCCGGGCCAGCCCCAAGUUUACGCGGGCCAGCCCCAAGUUUACCCGGGCCAGCCCCAGGUUUACGUGGGCCAGCCUCAAGUUUAUGUGGACCAGCCUCAAGUUUACCCGGGCCAACCUCAAGUUUACCAGGGCCAGCCCCAAGCUUACCAGAGCCAGGCUCAAGUGGACCAGAGGCAGUCCGAUAAGCACCGGAACAACCGGACCACGACCGGUGAGAGCGGAAGCAAAUGCCCCAAAUGUUGCUUGAAGACGCGUAACUGCCUGAUGAGCGGCGAGUGCGGCAGAGCCCUCCAGAUCUCCAGCGUCAUUGCCCAGUGCGCUUUGUGUUUCCGCUUUUUCUUUUAAUUUCUAAUGAGAAACCCGACUACCAGGCCAUGCUGACGACUAGGAUCCUCCAACAUCCCGCCAGGAAGAAGAGAAAAGAUUACGCAGAAAAACAAUGAGGGCAAACAAAAAAAUAAUAAUAAUAAUAAUAAAAAAAUACAUUGGACUCCAAACGGCAUUGUGGAUGAAUACAUGCAAGCUUGCACAUGAAGGAAUGAAUGAUGGACGUGUUGUGUAUUUAAAAAAAUAAAAUAUAUUCUUAAUAAUGUAUGGUUGUUUUCGAACACUGAUGUUUUGUGGUGGAUUAUACUUUUAAAAAAAUAAACUAAAAUGCAAAAAAAACAAA